GAAAACAGCUACAGGGGGUGCGGUCUUUCCUGUAGGCGAAAACGGAACCGGAAAUUCGGCCAUCUCCUCGUACAUUCAAGCUUACAACAGGGUUAACUGGGUGGGGGUGCUGUCUACAUGGGACUGUGUAACGGCAACUGCACGGAAGUGAUGCAGUUGAAGGAAUAAGUUUUCAGCUCCCUAUGUCUGUGGUUUUUAGACCCGAUGUUGCCACAAGAAAAAAACAGCCAAACUGAGACACAACACCCCAUGAAUGAGUGACGGACGAGAUAAGAGGAAGAAAGUACACCAAGAAGAGAGACUCUUAAUUCUGCUUCAUCUUUGAGUAACAGAUUGCAACAAAACUCAGCGGCCAGACCGUUGCCAUGUCGACCUCAUCGCUACGGCGACAAGUAAAGAACAUCGUACACAACUAUUCAGAAGCUGAAAUCAAGGUUAGAGAGGCGACAUCCAAUGACCCAUGGGGUCCCAGCAGCUCUCUCAUGUCAGAGAUUGCAGAUCUGACCUACAAUGUUGUGGCCUUCUCAGAAAUCAUGAGCAUGGUGUGGAAGCGGCUCAAUGACCAUGGCAAGAACUGGAGACAUGUAUACAAGGCUAUGACUCUUAUGGAAUACCUUAUAAAGACUGGUUCAGAACGUGUCGCCCAACAGUGUCGAGAAAACAUAUACGCAGUCCAGACCCUCAAGGAUUUUCAGUACAUAGACAGAGAUGGCAAAGACCAGGGUCUGAAUGUACGAGAGAAAGCUAAACAGUUAGUGACACUGUUGAAAGAUGAAGAGAAACUAAGAGAGGAGAGGAUCCACGCCCUCAAAACCAAAGAGAAAAUGGCACAGACCAGCAGUGCCUCCUCUGCCCCCUCAGCGCCUAGCCUGGGAGGCAGCUUAUCAUUGGGCUCACACUCUGGAGGGGCAGACCCUGAGCAGGCUUGGCCACAAAGCUCUGGAGAGGAGGACCUGCAGCUUCAGCUGGCUUUGGCAAUGAGUAAAGAAGAGGCAGAGCAGACUAGCGCGGACCCACUGGAGGAUGCAGAGCUCCACUAUGCAAUCACACUCAGCAAAGAGAUGCACCAAAAGGAGGAAAGACUGCGCAGAGGUGAUGACCUGAGACUGCAGAUGGCCAUUGAGGAGAGCAAGAGGGAGAAACCUAAACCAGAGGAGAGUGCUUUGAUGGAGCUCAGUGCUGUGGACCCCUGGGGGGCCACCUCUACUGCCACUGCAGGCUCUGCUGGCCCUUCACCUCCACCCACAGUUUCUGUUCCUGUUGCCUCUGGCCCAUGGGGGACAGCAGCCACAGAUCCAUGGGGAGUAGCAUCACCUACAUCCCCUACAAGCUCUGACCCAUGGGGUGGGGGAGCCCCACCCACUAUAGCUCCUCCUCCGGACCCCUGGGGAGAGACAGCCAACAGAGUAAACAACGUCGACCCCUGGGGAAGCUCAGCUGUGACCCCCCCCAGUGCUGACCCCUGGGGCUCCCCAGUACCACCCAGCACAUCCUCCUCUGGGGGGCCAGUAGACCCCUGGGCAAGGGACGGGCCUGUCCCUGCCUCUGACCCUAUCACCUCCGACAUCUGGAGUGGCACCGCCAAACACACUAAUGGCACAGGAGAUCCAGAGCGGCGAGGUUCUUCAACAACAGGCGGUGACAGCACAGGCUCACCGGUGCCCUUUGACAUGUCUUCUCUCGGUUCUUCACUUCCCGUUCGUAAGACUCCUGAGUCCUUCCUCGGCCCCAACGCAUCGCUUGUUGACCUCGAUUCUCUGGUUUCAUCUAAACCCAAGCCCAAACAGCCACCGCCUCCUUCCAUCUCUUCCUCUUCAGCACACAACCCCUUCCUUCAGAACACAGGCUCAUCUCCUGCUCCUGGUAUGGCCAUGACUCCAGGCAGCACCAUUUCCAGUCGAGGUGUUUCUCCAACACCUGCCUCCUCUAACCCCUUUGGCGUUGCUCCUACCAUGACCUCCAUCUCACCCCAGCCCACAUCACUGGGCCUGAGUGGCCUGCGUACCAGCCCUGUGCCUCCCAAUCCCAUGCUGGGCAUGAUGCAACCAGGAAUGGGCAUGGGGCCUUUGAGUGUGGGAAUGGGGGCUCCGGGAUUGGGCCAAAGCAUGAUGCAGGCCAGCCCCAUGGGAAUGCCCUUUGGUGGGCUCUCCCCUAUGGCACCUCCAGGCUCUGUCAUGUUGGGGCCGGGAAGCGCGCCGCCUCCUCAGCUGAUUUUGGGUGGGCCCACAGGAGCAGGUGGGGUUAUGGGAGCAGGAGGAUCAAUGGGAGGUGGAGGAACAACAGGAGCGAGCACCAAUCCUUUUCUACUUUGAGGAAGUGUCACCACUACUUUGUUCACCUUUCUGCCUCCUCUGUCGUACCUGCUGCCCCCUUCAUUCAUCUCCCCCUUCAACGCAA